GCAUGCGCAGUGUGUGAGCUUCCGCCUGCAGUAAUGGGACUUUUAAGGCAGUAAACAGGGAAACUCCGCUGUGUUUUAUGAUUAUCUGUAUCGUGUGAAGAAGAUCUGAGCUGAGUUUUAGCGCGAUGGGGUCCGCGGAGCUGCGGGCGGAGCUGGAGAGUUUACUGAAGUCUCUGAGUAUUGAGUGGGUCUGUGUGGAUCACCCGGAGGUUUUCACUGUGGAGGAGAUGAUGCCGCAUGUGGAGCAUCUCAGUGGGGCUGUCACUAAAAACCUCUUUUUGAAAGACAAGAAGAAAAAGGGUCUGUGGCUCGUCUCUGUUCGUCAUGACCGUCAGGUUAACCUCAAUGACCUGGCCAAGAAACUGGGCGUAGGCAGUGGUAACCUGCGCUUUGCUGAUGAAGCGGCUAUGAUGGAGAAACUGAAGGUGGGUCAAGGUUGUGCCACAGCCCUCGCUCUGUUCUGCGAUAAAGACCAGAGUGUGAAGUUCAUUAUGGACAGUGACCUGGCUAAUGGAGGCCAUGAGCGAGUGUACUUCCACCCUAUGACCAAUGCUGCCACCAUGGGACUGAAACCAGAUGACUUGAUGAAGUUUUUGAAAGAGACGGGACACGAGCCGGUUCUUCACAGCUUUGAGUAGAUCUGGGAUAUACAACUGUCUGUUACACAUACAAUAUGGACUGGUUCUUGGAAUAGGGAUUAAAGGAAGUUGUGGACAAUGCUCAACUUUUGUCUGGAAAAUGCUAUUAGUUGGUUUCCCCACACUGUAAAAAAUAAAACUAAUUACCUCCCUUAAAGUUGCUCUAACUAAAUAAUCUGUAUUGGCCAAAUUAUAGCUGAACCCUAGUUGAGGCCAAACCAGUUUGACUCUUUAGUUGUCCAGGGUCUACCAAGUUAUUCUGCAGGGGUUUUUACUGGAUGUUGGUUACAAUGUUUGCAUAUUGGGUGUGUCCUCCCAUUUCUCACUCUCCAUCAGGGUGUAAUCAUUCUCCACAGGUUGCCUUCUCUUCAGAUGGGUGUGCUGCAUGUGUUAUGUUAUAGUUACUUGCCUGACUUCAGUGUCGAAGGCUAUAAAAGCAAGUUGCUGUGAUGUCAAGUGUGACUAUAUGCUUGACAAAUCCAGCUGCAAGCUGAACCUGCUUCUAUGUGCCCAAAUGUCUAAUAGAAAUAAUUGAAUAGGAUGCUCUGAAGCAGCAGCAUUGGUUAAAUAAUUGUAAUAUCAGCAGUUGAGCUUAAUAUCAUUUCUGUCUCCUGGCAGAAUGCAAUAAAAUUCUCACAGCAACUUUUAGCAUAUAGCCGUUGCAUGACGUGCCUGAUGACAUAUUGUUAAUACAGCCCCAAUUAUUCCAAUGAUUUCGAAAGAAAUGGUAAGGUGUUUACAAACUUUUGGACAUGCAUGAUAUGGACAAAAGUAUUGGGACACUUGCUUAGUCUAAAAUCAAGGAUUUAUCCUGCUUCUGUUGGAGAAAAAUGCCUCUACUGUCCAAGGAAGUUUCUACUAAAUUUGUUUAGUAAAAUAUUCAUCUAUCUUAUCUCAUAAGAGCUGGAUAGAGUAGAACCAUUAUUUCAGAAAACAGCUCAAUACCGGAAAGGUUUAAAUCCCUCUAGUCUACAUCUGUCAUUAGGAUUGUUUCCAAUAGAUUCAUGUAUAUCUGCUACAGAUAGUCCUAUUCUAUUGACAAUACUUCUCUACAAAGACUGGCCAAUUUGUUAGUGUGCAUCUGCACAUUUGUAUCAGCAGUCAGCAAUGGGUAAAACUGCAGGGUUUCUUUAAAAUGUUGAUCACAGGUCGUUUUCUGUGCACUACAGCCAUUUUGAGGAAAGUUUCCCAUUGGCUCCUGUUUGCAUGUUGGGCGUGUCCACCCACCUCAUCGUCAGGGUGUAAUUAUUAUCCACAGGCUGCCUUCUCUUGGGGUUUAUUGGAACAUUUUAUAUAAUAGUUAACUGUCACAGUGUUCAAGGUUAUAAGAGUAAUUUACCAUGUUCUGUAUUGUUGACUAUAUGUUGGCUGGGUCCAACUUGUCACAUUUGUUUUAUUGCAAGCUUAUAUGAUUGACAAUAAAGACAGAUUUGUAAUUGUCA